GGGUGUGAUACUCAAUAGACCCAUACCCAUUUUAACAUUUGUAAUUGCACCACCGUAGUGUUUAUAAUAAUACAAAAAAUAAAAAGAAAGAAAUAGAAGAUUGGGGUUCGUUGGUGAUUCACAAUAAUGGGCCCAUGCAUUUACCAGGACACCAAUUUCAGAGCUAUGCGCGCCUUACUUCUGUUUUUAGUUCAUUUCUUUGGGAAUUGGUAAUCUGUAUUGGUAUUGGUGUUGCCACUCCUCUCUCCACUCUCCAUUGUUCCUCCUCAGCCAAUUGACCUCUCUCUUUCUCUCCCAUGGACUCUUCUUCUGCAACUAUGGCUGUCAGAGUCGCUUCUUCUUCCUUCUCCUCUUCUUCUUCCACCCUUUUCUCCAUAUCUCCAAAGCUAAACCCAACCACCAAACCGACCCUCUUUAAGAUCCACACACACAAACCCCGAAUCAUCAAAACUCUCAAAUGCAUCCACUCGCCUACCAGGAGAAAUGGAUCGCAAUUCUCCUGCUCCGCCGUCACCUUUUCACCGUUACAGACCACUGACCUCGUCCCGUCUAAGCUUCAGAGGCUGGUCACCGAGUUCCAGUCGUUUCCGGAACCCAUCGACAGGGUCAAGCGGUUGUUGCAAUAUGCGUCUCUUCUUCCGAAGUUUGAUGACUCGUCUCGGGUUGACUCGAACCGAGUCAUGGGCUGCACCGCUCAGGUAUGGCUGGCGGCGAGUUUGGAUAAGGAAGGGAGAAUGAGAUUCGCGGCUGACAGUGAUUCGGAGAUCACGAGAGGGUUCUGUUACUGCUUGGUUUCGAUUCUCGAUGGGGCGGCACCGGAGGAGGUUUUGACGAUGAAGACCGACGAUUUGGAGGCUUUGAACGUGGGGUUGCCUGGUGGGCAGCGGUCUAGAGCGAAUACCUGGCAUAAUGUUUUGAUAAGUAUGCAGAAGAAAACCAGAGCUUUAAUGGCGGAGAGAGAAGGGAAGCCUCCAUUUGAGCCUUUCCCUUCACUGAUCGUCACCGCAGAUGGGAUUCAUGCCAAGGGGAGCUAUGCUGAAGCUCAGGCAACAUAUUUGUCACCUGAUGAGAUUAAGGUUCAACAACUGGUUAAUGUUUUGAAAGAAAAGAAAAUUGGUGUGGUUGCACAUUUCUACAUGGACCCUGAAGUCCAAGGUGUCCUAACAGCUGCACAGAAGCAGUGGCCUCACAUCCAUAUAUCUGAUUCAUUAGUCAUGGCGGAUUCUGCUGUGAAGAUGGCCCAAUCAGGAUGCAAAUUCAUCACAGUUUUGGGUGUUGACUUCAUGUCUGAAAAUGUGCGUGCAAUUCUUGAUCAGGCUGGUUUUUCUGAGGUUGGUGUAUACAGGAUGUCAAAUGAGCGUAUUAGUUGUUCUUUGGCAGAUGCUGCCUCUGGUCCUUCCUAUAUGAGCUAUCUUGAAUCAGCCUCCAAGGCUUCUCCUUCUUUGCAUGUUGUCUACAUAAACACUUCACUCGAGACAAAAGCUUUUGCUCAUGAGCUUGUGCCAACAAUAACCUGCACUUCUUCAAAUGUUGUGCAAACCAUUUUACAGGCUUUCACGCAAGUACGAGAUUUACAAGUAUGGUACGGGCCUGAUUCAUACAUGGGUGCAAACAUUGCUGAAUUGUUCUUGCAGAUGACCAAGAUGACUGAUGAAGAAAUUGCUGAGAUACAUCCACAACAUAAUCGGGAUUCGAUCAAAUCAUUGUUACCUCGCCUGCACUAUUACCAGGAUGGAACAUGCAUAGUGCAUCACCUUUUUGGACAUGAAGUUGUGGAGACGAUAAAUGAAAUGUAUUCGGAUGCAUUUUUAACUGCUCAUUUUGAGGUUCCUGGGGAAAUGUUUUCUUUGACAAUGGAAGCAAAGAAAAGAGGAAUGGGGGUAGUUGGUUCUACUCAAAAUAUAUUGGAUUUCAUAAAACAAAGGGUUCAAGAGGCUUUGGAUAGAAAUGUCAGUGACCAUCUCCAAUUUGUGUUGGGAACAGAAUCAGGAAUGGUGACCUCAAUUGUUGCAGCAGUUCGCAGCUUGUUAAAUUCAUCUCAAAAUGGAGCUAAAGUAAAAGUUGAGAUUGUGUUUCCAGUUUCAUCAGACUCAAUGACAAGCACAUCGUCAAAUUCAUCCUCAGACCCUAAAUCCAUUAACACUGGCGAUGUCAUACUACCGGUUAUACCUGGAGUCGCUAGUGGGGAGGGAUGCUCCAUUCAUGGUGGCUGUGCAUCCUGUCCAUACAUGAAGAUGAAUUCUCUCAGUUCCCUCUUCAAAGUUUGCAACCAUCUUCCUGAUGAAUCAAACAUCCUAGCCUCAUAUGAGGCCGAGCGAUUUAAAUGCCAAACUCCAAAUGGAAAAGAGAUAGCAGAUGUUGGUUGUGAACCAAUUUUGCAUAUGAGACAAUUCCAGGCAUCGAAAAAACUUCCAGAGAAGCUGAUUAAUCACAUCCUCCAAUCACAAGGCAGUGGGAGAUAAUUUUUAUUUGGUUGAGUUGGAGGAAGGUAGCUCAAAAACUGAAAGACAUACAAUUAUGCUAUGGUCAAAGGCCUCCUAUUGAAAGCACAUUCUGAAUCUGGAAGAAGCUGUAAUCUCAUAAGACUUUGGCUUAUCAACACCUAGCGUACUGACUAUAUGUACUUCAGAUUUGUAAGAAUUUAAUGGAACAAAAGGAAAUUAAAAUGUUUAAUUUCACAUCCAUAUAGAAAAUUUUCUGUUAAAUUAAACAUUCAAACAGUUCAGUUUUUUUAAUGUUAGCACUCCUUGGUGUGCACACACGACACACCAUAUAUGAA